GCAGGCUUUUGUUUUCCUCAAGUGACUAAUUGUACUUGAAAUGUAAGAUGAAGUCAGCAACGCUGCCGAGGAAGAGAGUUGUGUAACUCUAAUUUAGCUCAGAGGCUAAAGCUGGUUAGCUCGUCAAGUCCAAGCCAGACACUGUCACCACCGUCCCUCUGUCACCUAUUUACCUUUAUCACGCCAUUUUGAUAAGCUGUUGCCUUCAGGAUGCUCAUAUAGUUUAUAAUUUCACAUAAUGAAGUGUGUGUGUAAUGUAUUUUCUUUGCUCUGCCUCUGCACCCUUAUCUCAUCCUGAGGACUUUAUCGGGUCUGCUGCACAUGUGGAGCACCAGGCUGAAAUGAUACACAGGACCUUUAUCUCUGAGGCCCUGGUUUCAACCCUAAUGUCCUUUUUGGGUUCUGGACAGCACAGCUCCAAAAACAAACUAACAAAUGACUUUCAAACGUGAUUUACUGACCAGUGUCCUUCAGAGGUCUGCUACAGAAAAUGAUGUUGUUAUUGUUGUUUUGGAUGUCAGACAACUCAGAUGGUAAACAUGGUUAAAUACAACAGAUUUUAAUAUGCUCUACUGUUUACAGUUGACAGUAUUGUUUACACAGUUCCACCCCUCCCAAAUUCCAAAUAAGGCUAUUUGUAUAUCAGUGAUUGGAGUUUUGUAAGAGUUUGCCUGUGAGAGGAUUAACCUCUCUGGGGUCAAAUUAACCCCCAAAUUAAGUAAAGUCUCUAUGGAGCAUGACAUGCUGUGAAUUUCUUUAUCUGUGAAUGACUUUUUUUUGCAAAUAAAAGUGUUAUAUAUACUGGGAACUGCUGGCACAUACAUACAUACAUAGUAUGUGUAUGUGUGUAUAUAUAUUUGUUCACAGUGAACCAUAUUAACUGAUAAAACACAAAAUAUUUCUUUCUAUAUUUUGUGAACUUCAGUUUCUGGAAAAGGCAAAAAUUGACCUACUGGGUUUUAAUACAAUCAGAAAAAAAAGACUGUUGAUUUUGCAACUGUUAUUUUGACAUAUACAGCAGUGCGGUCUGUUGAACACCAAGCAAUACGGAAGUAAAGCCAACGUGAGUGAACACAAGGGUUAAGGUAGGCCAUCUGUAUACGCUGUAUGUCUGUUUAUGGUUUGCAGAGUGACACCAUGGCAACAGAGGGGGAGCCGACAGAAGUGAUCAAAGUGUUACACCUCCUGGUGCUCUCUUUCUCCUGGGGCAUGCAGGUCUGGGUCUCCUUUAUUGCAGGAUUUGCGUUGGUGUGGCAGGUGACGCUGCACACCUUUGGCCUGGUGCAGAGUAAACUCUUCCCUGUGUACUUCUACUGUCUGCUGGGUAGUAACUUCAUCAGCCUGGCUGUGUAUGCUGUGUACCACCCCAGAGAGCUGCUGGACGGGCAUGAAAGUGUGCAGAUGAUUCUGUACUUCGUGGCACUGAUCAUGGCAGGUCUAAACGCACAAUGGUUUGGUCCUGCAGCCACAGAGGUCAUGUUCCAGAUGAGGGCGGUGGAGACGGAGCACGGCCUUGGGAACCAGAUAGGCCUGGGCAGCCAGAAAGAGGCGUAUGCCAAGCUCAAAGAGCAGGACCCUAAGUACAGAGCCUACAAGAGCACGUUCGGCCGCUAUCACGGGUUGUCCAACCUCUGCAACUUGAUAGGGUUCAUCUGUACCACAGUUAAUUUGAUCUACACAGCUCUGAAUUUAUCCACCAUUUAGAGAAGAGAAAGUGUCAGGCUUCAGAUUAUGAAAAAUAUCUCUCAUUGUUUUUCUUUGGUCAUCACAGUAUUUCAUAUGAAAUGGCAAAAAUGAUGUUUGAGGAGUCAGGAUGGACAGUAUGGACACGAGUUAAAUAUGCCCUCAAAUAAACUUGGUUCCGACAUCACUGUCGGAGCCUCUGGGAGAGCUGCAGUUGUCCCAAGUGCCCUUAUGAGUGAGGAGGCCUUUGUUGCCAUUGAGCGUCUGAACAGCUCACCACUGCAGUUCACUUUUAUCUGUCAGUUAAGCACUUUUCCUCCUGUCAAUCAGUAUCUAAUUAAUGCUGUUUCACAGAAUAGGAUGUAUUUUUGUUUUUUUAUAUCUGCUUUUAAUAUGUGACAUUAUUACUCCCUGUUUAUUUUUUAAACAGGAAAAUUAAAUGAGCAAACUUUAAGUUCUGUGUGGGCAAUUUUCUUGCAUCCCCAGCAGGGGGCGAUGUUUGGACACAGGUGUGUUUUUGAGGAAACUUUGUAGAUCCAGUGCUUAGGACAGUAUAACAUACUGCAUUUCAUGUGUUAAAUGUUGUGUUUCCACAUAUUGUAAUGGAAAUGUGUUUUAAAUUUGUCAACAAUGUUGAAUUAACACUGUGACUGAGACUAAAGCGUGUGAUAUUUUUUUUGAUUUCUCUUUAAAUCUGGUACCACAGGUCUUUCUUUUUUGUCAUCUCACGAUCUUUAUGUCCUGAAACCAAACACUUGUUUGAUUGGAUUGGAUUGGAAUAAAAACACACUCAUGAGUGAACCCAGA